AUGAAAGGAAGUUUAAUAACCAGUUUCUGUUUGUGUUUUUUUCUCACUUAGAUAGUUGAUCUUAUUGCUUGUGAAUAUGGGGAACACAUCGCAAAAAGUUCAUCGGCAUAGAAAUACGCCGUUUAGUGAGCGCAAGAAACUGACCUUGGGGAAAGGUCAUGUCAAUGUCUGUUUCAUCAAGGGAGAUCUAAGACGGGAAGAGGUGGAUGUGAUUGUAUGUACGGCUAGCAAGCUUCUCGACCUCCGUAAAGGUCACGCCUCGAAUAAAAUUCUGAAGGCAGCUGGAGACAGCAUGGCAGCUGAGGUACAGCGCUCGUACCCACAUGGUAUUGACUACGACGAGGUUGCUGUUGUACAAUCUGGUAAUCUCACCUGCAGAAAUGUCUACUUUGUAGCCCUGCCAGAGGCUGGGACCUCUGGGUCGGAUGACAAGAUGCUUCACAACACUGUGACCAUGUGCCUAAAAAAGGCAGAACAAAGCAAAGUCAAAUCCCUGUCACUCCCUGCCCUGGGCACUGGCCGUCUGAAGUACCACCCUGCCAUGGUUGCCGCAAAAAUAAUACAGAGUGUAGAAGACUUCAGCAACAGUAAUCAAGGCACCAACAUCAAAUAUGUCAAUGUUGUCGUGCACUAUAAAGAUGAUGAGUCCUUUACGGCAUUCGAGAAACAAGCAAGGGGUCGCGCUUGCCAACCGAUCAAUCACAACGGGGCUGUGUCUUCAUCUGGGGCAGUAUCUUCAUCGAGGGCACCUGCAGGGGUUCGGUCUAUCCAGAGGAGUAUCAACUAUGCUGGUCCACAGACGGAUAUUUGCCUGGGGAACAUAAGUGUUAGAGUAGUGACUGGCAAACUGGCAGAAUUCAAUGCAGAUGUCCUGGUUAGCAACUGUGGCACGGAUUUGAAACUAAAAAAUGGGGGCCUUGCUGAGUCCCUACUAGAGGCCGCAGGGCCUGAACUGCAGGAUGAAUGUGAUCAGAACUUCCCAAACGGUAUUCGGCAGGGAGACGUCGCAGCGACCAACGGGUACAAUCUACAUUGUAAAUUCGUAUUUCAUGGGUCAAUACCGCCCUGGGACAACAACAGUCUAACGGCUGAAAAGGCACUCUGUCGCUUCAUAGAUAGUUGUCUUAAUAUGGCGGAGCAAUGGUCUCUAAGCACCAUGGCGAUUCCUGCUCUUGGGACCGGCUCUACGAAAUUUCCCGCCAAGAUUAGCGCCGAGCAGACGUUCCAAUGCAUCAGCAAGUUUGUGAACAGCUUCCCACAGGGAACCUCCCUUAAGCGUAUCACUGUUGUCGUGUUUGACGGGACUGCAGACUGCAAAACGGUUAAACAGGCAUUUGAUGAAGCAUUACAAAAGACAUUGCAAGAAAACGUUGACGACGAUGUGGACAACGGCGAUACGGAUCGAGGCACAAAGGAAUGGUUCAAGUCCAUGUACAGGUGCGAGCCCCGUUCUCCUUGCUACUGGACUACGUUCCACAGCAGCAAGACCCUGAAGGAUUGGGGCCUUGAUGCCCCAAAUAGUCCUUUUAUUCGGUUGCCUAUUACAGGUCAAGACUUUCAGGAUGUAGUUAAACUCGUGCAUGACACUUGGGAUGACCAGCACGUGGGUCACGGGCGCGAUGCCAAAGGGCUGAGUGAGCUAAACUACACCAAGGUGAUAAUCACAAGAGUGGAACGAAUAGAAAACUAUGAGCUUUUUAAUAAAUAUGCCGUUAAAAGACAGGACUUGUUUAAAAAAGCAAUAAAUACGGGCGAGCCAUUUAGGUGUGUAGAAAACUUGAGGGGGUCAAAGGGAACAGUAUUAACAACUAGCAAUAUAGGACAUAACUCGGUUCUAGCUUCCGAAGUGUAUAAUGAAGUUAACGAACAUUACAUGUUUCAUGGGACAGAUGUGGUCGAUAAAAUAGUGGAACAGGGUCUGGAUUGUAGGCUGGCUGGUCAGAAUGCCAUGUUUGGACAGGGUGUCUACUGUGCGGAAAGUUCUACAAAAGCAGAUCAAUACGCAGAUCCAAAAGGUAUGCGGUCGCUAACUGACAGGAAGAUGCUGCUGGUGCGGACCUGUCUCGGAGAGCCCUUCGUCACGUCCAGCGCAAAGUCAUACGCGCGACCCCCCUGCACGUCAUGCCAAGAGGACAAGUGCCACUGUUCCAACAACCAGUUUUAUGACUCAGUCAUCGGAGAUGGGUCGUGGAAUUUCCGUGAAUUUAUUGUAUACAACAUGACUGAUGUAUAUCCUGAGUAUAUUGUCACUUAUAAUCGCGUUUAGUGCCAAAGCAAUUGUUAUUUGAUAUAAUAUUGUAUAAGUUUCUUAAGAUGAAACUGGUUUUGUUUUUAUGGAUUAUUUUGCAAAUAGUACUUAUUAACGCUAUAUUAACACUUUUAUGAACUUAAACAUGGUCCUGAUCGUAAGUUGUUGUGUGUUUUUCGCUGGUCACUUUUGCCAUUAUAUUCGUGCAAGAUGUAUUGGUGGUUUUGCUGAAUGAAAUAUGGUCAUGACUACACAUAACUUGAUAAUAGUUUUGUUCUCUUAAUAAUAACACCUUUUUUUAUCCUAUUUUGAGUAAUUGUGUGCAUCAAAUUUGAGUUUGUCUUCUGUAUUGGUCUUAACAUGUUUAUACGAAAGUGAAAUAUUAAUUACAACAAAAUGCUUCUGCAAUACUGCAAUAGUGCUGUACGUGUGUCUGUCCGCAUGUUACCACAUGAUACCGUUUGUGUUUCUUUUACUGCGAUACAUAUGUAUAAUUCAUGCAAUGAAUGUAACAUGUUUUGUUAAAGUCGUUGAAUCUUGUUAUGAAUCAUUUAACCUAUAGGAAGUUGAUUCAUUUUGUUGAACAUAUUUACUUCAGGCAGUGAAUUUACGCAUUUUCCUUUCUUUAAUGUCAUAUAAGCUUUUUAUAAUGGAAUAUAAGAACAUAUAUCAUAUUCAAAAGAAUUAUACCUGUAUUGAAUUUUUAUUUUGCUUCAAUUUGAUGAGUGUAUAAUUUGCCAAUUACGUGGACGUAUAAUUCCUAAAAUGACAAAUCAAUUUAAACGAUAUAUCACCCAUUUUGCCUUGUCUUAAGAAUACAGAAUUGUAAACACGCAGUCAUCAUAAAUAAAAAAAUUAACAAAUUCAACAUAAAUUCAUCAUACAUUUGAACAUUUAUCGUGUUUGGUGACUUAAUGUGAACCUUCUGUUUGAAAUGCUUCAACUGUGCACAACCCUCCUCAGUACAUUAUUAGAAAUAAGCCUCGCUCUAGGAAAACUGGUCUU